AUGUCGGAUGGAUGGUUUAUAUUUGACCAGCUUAAAAUCGGCUCAUAUAAAAACCGGCCAAACCCUAGAGCCUCUGGUUUCUUCACUCCCUCUCCUCUCCUCCUUACACACAGCGGCGGCGGCGAGCGGCGCCGGGAUCACGCAGCAGCGGAGCUCCAGCUCGGCCAGCACAGCGGGGUCGCAGCGAAAGAGCGACGGCAGCGGCGUGGCCAAUGCGAGCGCGAGGGACGGGCGGAGAAUGCUGGAUCCCGUGUGGGAGUGGAUCCAGGCCCCGCCGCCGCCGCGCUGCUUGUGCUUAGCAACCGCGUUGGCUCGCCGGAUUCGGCUCUGCUUCACAGCGUGACAAGCCUGGCGAACAAGCUGCACCCAGUCGUCGACGCGGCCGACGGGUCUCCCGCAGCGCUCGAGGAUGCUGGCGGCCGAGACCUAGGCGCCGGCUUCGUUGCGGACGUCGUGGAGCUCGAUGUCGAGGCCUGGCACGGACUCCCAGCGGCGGCGCCACGACGGCGACAGCACAGACGUGCGCACCACGUCGCCGGCUGGCAGGCCGCCGAGGAUCUUGUUGAGGACGUGCGUCGGGAGGUCACGCAGGAGGUCCACCGCACGCUCCGUCGGCUGCGAUGGCUGAGAUUCGCCAGGGGGAAGCAUGGUUUGGUGGCUGGAUCCACUGAUUUGAUUUCACGCCGAAAUAAUCUUGUCUAUGUGUUGAGCAUUUGGACUUCCGUUGGCAAUCAGUGUGGUGUUUCUUAUAGUUGUAUUAUACACUGCUUUCUAGUAGGUAGGAUGUUCUAGUGUUUUCACUAAAUAUAUAGUUGUAUUAUAUAUAGUUGUAUUAUACACUUUUUUUGUUAGCUUGAUGAAUAUUCAAGAUGUUGAAAGGGCUAUGCUCUUUGUCAUUUUGGACAUGUGACUUAGAUAUAGCGUGAUGUAUAUUGCUACCUGGAUGUAUGAGUUUGACAAUAUAUUUUGCAACUUGGAAUUUUGUCAA